AUGUUCAGAAAACCGAAGCGCACGAUUCGUGUGAGAAAAGCCGAAUCUAGCGAGGAAGAGGAGCAGGAGGCAGAGACCGAGCAGCCCAGGUCCAGGGGACAGAGGAGACACGCCGGCCGCGGAUUAUUUUGUGGCACUGAGCGGGGCAAGAGGGAGGAAGCGGCGCAGAGAGACGGGUCUGGGAGUGAUUCGGCGGGGGAACCGGAGCGCAGUGAUACAGUGGGAACUGAGGCUUCGCAGCGUCUUGCAGCUCCUCCCACCCUGCUGAGCUUCACUGACGAGAGAGAAGAUGCGGAUUUCAAGAUCAAGAAGCCCACUAUUAAUGCAGUGCUAUUUCAAGUGCAGAAAAAAGCAGAAAACAAGAAUCCCACAAUCAAGCCUUAUAAAAAAGAAAAAGAAAGAGCAGCCCAGUCCGAAAGUGACGGCAGCUCUGAGCUUGAGGAUCCGAGAGAAAACGGAGCCAAGUCAGAAAAUGACAGCAGCAAUGAGCUGGGGGGUCUAAAAGAAGACGGAGCCAAGUCAGAAAGUGACAGUAUCUCUGAGCCGAGGGAUCCAAAAGAAGAUGGAGCCAAGUCAGAAAGUGACAGCAGCUCUGAGGUGGACAAUAAAGACCUUAAGGAUAAUCAGCAUCUAGAAAGUAGAGACUCUUCAAACUCUGGAGCCAGCAGCUCACCUCCAUCUCCUCUCACAGGUGUGAUUCCAGACACGAAGGUCAUUCGAGCGGCUAGAAGACAACGCAAGUUGGCCCGAGCUCAAGGGGAUUAUAUUCCCAUUGGCACAAAGCAGGAAGUGUCCAGUUCCAGCCAAUCAGAAAGUGGCAGUGACAUUGAUGAUCACGAGAGAAGGAUCAAAUUUGCCCCAGGAUCAAAAACUUUGCAAGAGAGGAUGGCAGAGGAAAUGUCAUCCAGCGGUGACUCUGAGAUGCAUAAAAGUGAGGAUGAAGAGGACUUGCAAGACCAAUGGGAGGAACAGCAAAUACGGAAAGGUGUCCGACAUCAAAAGGGAAUGGAUGAGGAUUUGCCACGAGAUAGAAUUAAAUUCAAGAGUAAAAGGAGCGUUGAACCAAGGUUUUCUCUGCCACUGGUAACUGCUGAAGACAUAAGAAAGAAGCUUACUUUACGCUUGAAUUCUUAUCGGGAAGUUCAUCGGACACAUGUAGCCGAGCGAGAAAAGUAUGCGUAUGACCUUGACAGUGCAAAAACCACACUAGAAAAGCUUGAAGUGUCAUCCACUGAGCAAACCUACAAGUUUUUCAAGAAGAUGAAAACCUAUGUAGAAAACUUUGUUGACUGUGUGAAUGAAAAGAUAGCCCAGAUUAAUCGGCUUGAAUUAGAGAUGCUUGAGAUUUUUCAGGAACGCGCCGAGUCCUUGAAGAAGCGGAGGCAAGACGACCUUCGGAAUGAGUCUGCAGCCAUUCAAAAUCUGGUAUCUGGAACUAAAGAUGCCGAAGGCCAGACUACAGACCUGAUGAUUAAUUGUGAGUUGCGAAGAAACAGACGACGGCAAAGACGGAAGGAGUGUGGGGACACAGAUCACUGUGAAGGGAUGUCUAGUGAUGAUGAACUGCUCACUGAUGAUGAGAGCACUUUUCAGAAAAAACGAGAGAACAUCAGGGUACAGUGUAAAAACAUAUUUGAGGAUGUGCAUGAAGAUUUCCACCAGAUAAAGAACAUCUUGUCUAGAUUUACAGAGUGGAGAGAGAGAUUUGCCGAGUCCUAUUACGAUGCCUACAUUAGCUUGUGUCUGCACAAACUGUUGAAUCCAAUAAUCCGAGUGCAUCUACUCGACUGGAAUCCCUUGGAGGAUAACAAAGAUCUGGAAACAAUGACGUGGUGCCAGGACUUAGAAGAGUUCUGCUAUAGGGGGGAUGAGGUGGAUAUGAAUGAGGAGGAAAAACCAGACCAUAAAGUUCUGUCGGCUGUUAUCGAGAAGACUGUUAUUCCAAAAGUUUCAGGAUUUGUUGAACUCUUAUGGGAUCCACUAUCCGCGGUACAGACUGAAAACCUAGUGCAUUUCUGCAAAACAAAUGUAAUACACGACGAAUCUAGCAAAGCAAUGCAGGGGCUGAUAAAUUGUCUGCUUUCAACAAUGAAGAAAGCCAUUGAAGACGAUGUGUUUAUUCCUCUGUAUCCAAAAAGACUUUUGCAGGACAAGUCUUCUCCCCAUUCAAAAUUCCAAGAAAGGCGUUUCUGGUCUGCUGUGAAAAUGUUACAGAACAUUCUUUGCUGGGAUGGCUUCCUCCAAGAAGAGACCCUGCAAGAGCUCGGCCUUGAUAAGCUGCUUAAUCGCUACCUGCUACUAAUAAUUCUGAAUACAGAGCCAGGGCCAGACAGUGUGAAGAAGUGCAUUAAAGUGGUUGAAUGUCUCCCUCAGAGCUGGUUUAGAAACCUUGAGAGCGGAUCAUCCCUCCCUCGCUUAGUGAAUUUCAGCAAACACAUGUUACAGUGUAUACAUACAUUGGACAAGCUAAAUGACAGAGAAAACAUGAAGAUUUUAGCGUCUCUGCUUUUGAAGAUCAAAGCCACGGACUAUGCAGAGGAAGCCUCCAGCCAAUAUAACUUGCAAGAACUGAAAGUGGUCACAUGAUUUCCUAUUCCAGCUUCUUACACUCUGCGGUUUAAAUCAUUUAUAUUUUUAAUACAAUAAAAUUGGAUACUUUUCUCCUCAA